CAUUCGGAGAGAUGGACAGGUAGUUUUUAUAUACAUUUGAUAGUUUUGGAAGGACGCAAUGAGCUAGAUAUUUUCCCUACACGUGUAUCGGGCGAUAAUACACUGGACUGGACUCCAGUGUCUAAAUUCACGUGUCAGCCAUGAAUAUCGCAUUGCUAGCUUCGAUUCACCUCUAGAAGAUAACAACAAUCCCAUCCACAUUUCCCUUCUUACUCAUACCACUCUCAAUCAAUUCAUGUGCAAAAAACAACUCAAUAAUAACAUCAAUCCAAUAUGCUUCACCAGCCAUUACUCUGCACUUCAAGAUCAUUCCACGCUUCGCUUUUUUCCGCCGCCGCCAACACUCCUAAACCCACUUCACUCGCCGGAAAUUUGUCUACCCGUCAUAUCUGGUUGAAGUUUACUAAUCAAGCAACUGGAAGCACAUCGAAUAAUAGUUGUCGUGGAAUUGUUAGUGAGACAAGGGACGGUGUCAAGCUUAGAACAACUAAUACUAAUGCUUAUGGUCGUGCUCAAGAAGAAGUGAUUAAGGACGAAGCCGUCAAAGGGAUGGAGAACAAACCAUCAUGGGAAAUUUCCCCAGGCCAAACAUUUCCAUUGGGUGUAUCACAAGUCGACAAUGGGGUCAAUUUUGCUAUUUUUUCACAGCAUGCAACUGCUGUCACACUUUGUUUAGUCUUUCCUGAAAGGGGACCAAUUGGCACACUGGACGGUGGCAUUAUAGAACUAGCUUUGGAUCCUCAUUUGAACAAAACAGGGGACGUUUGGCACAUAUGUAUUGAGGAUCUUCCUAGAAGCAAUGUUCUUUAUGGAUAUCGGAUAGAUGGACCUCAAGACUGGGGUAAGGGGCAUCGAUUUGACAGAAGCAUUGUGCUUGUUGAUCCUUAUGCAAAACUUAUUGAAGGUCGAAGACAUUUCGGGGAUAUUAGCAUGAAGUUGUCUAAGUUUCUAGGCACAUAUGAUUUUGACAGCUUGCCUUUUGACUGGGGAGAAAAUUACAAGCUUCCAAAUAUUGCUGAGAAAGAUCUUGUUAUAUAUGAGAUGAAUGUCCGUGCAUUUACAAAUGAUGAAUCUAGUGGGUUGGAUAACAACAUUCGUGGAAGCUAUCUUGGUGUGAUUGAGAAGAUCCCACAUCUUCUAGAGCUUGGUAUCAAUGCAGUGGAGUUGCUGCCUAUCUUUGAGUUUGAUGAGUUGGAACUCCAGAGGCGUCCAAAUCCCAGAGAUCACAUGAUUAAUACGUGGGGUUAUUCAACAAUAAAUUUCUUUGCUCCUAUGAGUCGCUAUGCUAGUGCUGGUGGAGGACCAGCUAAUGCAUCCCAAGAGUUCAAGCAAAUGGUUAAAGCCUUACAUUCUGCUGGCAUAGAGGUUAUUUUGGAUGUUGUCUAUAAUCAUACUAAUGAGGCUGAUGAUCCCCAUCCUUACACAACUUCAUUCCGUGGCAUAGAUAAUAAGGUUUAUUACAUGCUGGAUGACAAAGGACAAUUGAUGAACUUCUCUGGCUGUGGAAAUACAUUGAACUGUAACCAUCCUGUUGUCAUGGAGCUAAUUCUUGACAGCCUAAGACAUUGGGUCACUGAGUAUCAUGUGGAUGGGUUUCGAUUUGAUCUCGCAAGUGUACUGUGUCGAGGAACUGAUGGUUCCCCCCUCAAUGCUCCUCCACUCAUUAGGGCAAUUGCCAAAGAUGCAGUCUUGUCGAGAUGUAAAAUUAUUGCAGAGCCAUGGGACUGUGGAGGUCUCUAUCUUGUUGGAAGUUUUCCAAAUUGGGAUCGGUGGGCUGAAUGGAAUGGAAUAUAUCGUGAUGACAUACGGAAAUUUAUCAAGGGCGAUUCUGGUAUGAAGGGGAGCUUUGCAACUCGUGUUUCCGGAUCUUCUGAUCUAUACAGGGUGAACAAGCGUAGACCAUAUCACAGUAUUAACUUUGUUAUUGCACAUGAUGGAUUCAGCUUGCGUGAUCUUGUUUCAUACAACUUCAAGCACAAUGAAGCUAAUGGGGAAGGUGGAAAUGAUGGAUGCAAUGAUAACUUUAGUUGGAAUUGUGGUUUGGAAGGUGAAACUGAUGAUGCUAGUAUAAGAGCAUUGCGGUCGAGGCAAAUGAAGAACUUUCAUCUGGCAUUAAUGAUAUCUCAGGGGACACCGAUGAUGCUAAUGGGGGAUGAAUAUGGCCAUACUCGUCAUGGAAAUAACAAUAGUUAUGGGCAUGAUUCUGCCAUUAAUUUUUUCCUGUGGGAUCAGUUGGAUGCAAGGAAGGGUGACCACUUUAGGUUUUUCUCCAAUGUGAUAAAGUACAGGCAUGCGCAUAAAUUAUUCAGUCAUGAAAAUUUUCUCAGUGAGAAUGAGAUAACAUGGCAUGAAGACAAUUGGGACAAUUAUGACAGCAAAUUUCUUGCAUUUACGCUUCAUGACAGAAAUGGAGAAGAUAUCUAUUUAGCUUUUAAUGCUCAUGAUUACUUUUUGGAAGUUAGUCUACCCACACCCCCAACAAAGAGAAGGUGGUUUCGUGUGGUGGACACCAAUCUUAAAUCUCCUGAUGACUUCGUCCUGGAUGGUGUCCCCAAAGUUGGAAAAACGUACAGUAUAGCUCCAUACUCCUCCAUUCUUCUUGAGGCCAAGUUUUGAUUUCAGAAGCUGUUCAGCUGUUGUAUAGACGUAUCCAUAAAACAAUGAAAAAGGAAGAAGUUGUUGUAUACACGUGUCUCAUAUGUGCAAUGUUAGUGUUAUUUGCUUUUCGAGACAGAUGGAUGAAAUUUAUGCUCUGAACUAGUUGUUCCUUGGCUCAAUAUGGCCAGAAGUUACAGCUUAGUAUUUAGAAGACGCGUGUACUAAAUAAAGGAGAAACGUAUCUGUAUAGAAAUGUGUUGUAUUUUCACCACGCAUCAAGGGAAUAUAUGAGUUGGAGGAGAUUGAAAUAUGUAAUCAUUAUUUUCAGAAUAACGCAAGGCAUAGAUUAAGGUAUAGACUGCUUGGGGCAGUGAGGCUGGUCCUACGAAAUUUAGAUAGUCGAUUACUAUUUAUUUAUUUGGGUUUGUAUUUGGAAUCUCGCACUAUUAAGUUUUUUUUUUUAUGGUAUUUAUUAUUUUGUUUA